AUGUCUGAUCUCAAUUUGGGAGAAACAAAGCUUCCUAGAAGACCUUCUAGAAUUGCUCCAAAGGGCGGUGAAGGCUCUUUUUUCAAUCCUCCUCAAGACGUUAAGGAGUUUCGUGAAAGCUUACACGAAGAUAAAGAAAAAUACAUCCCUCCAUGGACUGAACCUUAUAUCAUUGGUGUUGCUGGUCCAAGUGGUUCAGGUAAGACCAGUGUUGCUUCCAAAAUCAUUCAAGAGAUCAAUACUCCAUGGACUGUGCUUUUGUCUCUGGAUAAUUUCUAUAAACCUUUGACUCCUGAACAGAGUAAAUUGGCAUUUCAGAAUAAAUGGGAUUUUGAUGCUCCAGAAUCUAUUGACCUAGACCUAUGUUAUGAAUGUGUGAAAUCAUUGAAAGAGGGAAGAAAAACUCAAAUUCCAGUAUAUUCAUUUGAAAAACAUUCAAGAGUGGAAGAUAGAUCUAUUACUAUCUAUGGUGCCAAUGUUAUUAUUGUGGAAGGUAUUUAUGGUCUUUAUCAUGAAAAAUUGAACUCUUUGAUGCAUAUGAAAGUUUAUGUUGACACAGACUUGGACUUAUGUCUUGCUAGAAGGUUGAAUCGUGAUAUAUUGUACAGAGGAAGAGAUUUAGCUGGAGCAAUGACCCAGUGGCACACUUCAGUGAAGCCAAAUGCCGAACGAUUCGUCAAACCAACAAUGAGAAGUGCUAACUUGAUCCUUCCAAGAGGCUCAGAUAAUGUCAUUGCGAUCAACAUGUUGAUCAAGCACAUCAAGAAACAAUUAGUGUUGAAAUCAGAAGCACAUUUGGAACAUAUUAAUCAACUUACAAGUAUAUUAGAUGUGAAGAAUGGGAACUUGAAAGUUUUAGAGAAAACUAAUCAAACACAUGGUAUUUAUACAAUUUUGUUAAACAAAAAGACACCAAGAGACGACUUCAUCUUCUAUUUUGAUAGAAUUGCAACUACCUUGAUCAACAGAGCCCUUGAAUUCACUGCGUUCAAAACUAUUGAAGUUGAAACUCCAUUAAAUAUCAAAUUCCAAACCAUGGCUCCAAGUGAAACCGUCGUUGCAGUCAACAUUAUCAGGUCUGGUGAUUGUUUCAUGCAUUCGUUGAGAAAGACAUUGCCAGAAAUUGCCAUUGGUAAGUUGUUAAUCCAAUCAGAUUCCACAACCGGUGAGCCCCAAUUACAUUCUGAAUCAUUACCACCACAUGUCGAUGAUAAAAGUACUAGGGUCUUAUUAUUAGAUGCACAAGUCAUUUCAGGUGCUGCUAUAAUCAUGGCAAUUCAAGUCUUGGUUGAUCAUGGUGUUGAUCCUUCAAAUAUCACAGUUGUCACUUAUUUAGCUACAGAGAUUGGUCUAAGUAGAAUAAUGAAGGCCUUCAAAGAAGUUACUGUUGUCGUUGGAGAAAUUGGAUUUCACGAAAAAAUGCAAAAAGAAACCUGGUUUAGAAAAAGAUUCAUUGAUACUGAAUAUUUUGGUACCUAA